CUUCUUAUGCAUCAGCAGUACCCCGUCGACAUCGACAUAAGAAACAUAAAAAUCAUAAGAGAAAUCUUAAUGUAUGUGAAAUGAGAAGAAAAAAUGGUCAAAAAGCCGAGGAUGAAAAUGAAGAGUUUAAAUCAUUUGACAAAAAUACCAAAUGUACAGAUAAUGAUGUUGCAUGUAUAAAAGGAAAAAUUGCAAAUUGUGCCAAUCGUAAAUUUGUUAUCACAAGCUGUGCUCCUGGAACACAUUGUUUCUCUCUUCCACUUAAAAGCAACCGUGGUACCUUCGUUACUUGUGACACCAAAGCAGAUGCGAAAUCCCGUAUCGACACUGCUAAGGACAUUGCAAAGUGUGAAUUAUAA